UGAAAACAGAGGGGCCUGGGAUGAUCCAAUUUUCCAAAGGCAGGGCUCAGUCAUCUUAUAAAAAGCCAGUGGGCCAUUGAUUUUACACCAGAUCAGAGGGACCAGGAAACCGGUUCUUCACUGCGUACCAGGUCCAGCCUCUUGUGAACCAUGAGCUCCCACCAGCAGAAGCAGCCCUGCACCACGCCCCCCCAGCUUCAUCGGCAGCAGGUGAAACAGCCCUGCCAGCCUCCACCCCAGGAACCAUGUGUUCCCCAAACCAAGGAGCCAUGCCACCCCAAGGUUCCUGAGCCCUGCCCCACCAAGGUUCCUGAGCCCUGCCACCCCAAGGUUCCUGAGCCCUGCCACACCAAGGUUCCUGAGCCCUGCCACCCCAAGGUUCCUGAGCCCUGCCACACCAAGGUUCCUGAGCCCUGCCACACCAAGGUUCCUGAGCCCUGCCACACCAAGGUUCCUGAGCCAUGCCACACCAAGGUUCCUGAGCCCUGCCACACCAAGGUUCCUGAGCCAUGCCAAACCAAGGUCAUUCCAGCACCAGUUCAGCAGACCAAGCAGAAGUAAUGUGGUCCAUCUCCUUGAAGAACCAACCACUGAAUGCUGAAUCCCCUCUUCCAUUCUGCUUAUUUGUCCCACUUACCAUUAGCAUGCUGUCACCCUGAGUCAUAAUCCCUCCCCCUUUGCACCCUCCAGAAAGAUGUCCCUCACACUCAGUUUGGAGGGCUCCUGAGCCCAGGGCUCAUCUGAAGAGUGAUUUGGUGGAGGGGGGAGAAAUCAAGUGACUCUUCCCUGCUCUGCCCCCAUUAAAUCAUUUGUAACAAU